AUGGCACAAUCAAACAAUAAUGCCGGCUACACCCAAGGCCAUUCCAAGUUCACCGUCGCAACCCAGGUGACGCGCACAGUCGAGGCAGAUGCAGGCUUCCUAGUGCCACACAUUAAAAAAACAGACAAGAUUCUCGACAUUGGCUGCGGACCGGGCACCAUCACGACCGGGUUUGCCAAAUACGCCAGCGAAGGCGCAAUAGUGGGAGUCGACAUCUCGGAGCAAGUCCUACAGAAAGCAAAAGCUCUAGCCGCCGAGGCCAAUGUGCAUACAAAGGGCCUCGGUUCUGUGGUAUUUGAGCAAGGCGAUGUCCUCAAGGGGCUUUCUUACGCGGACGAGUCGUUCGACAUUAUCUACUGCUCCCAGCUCUUCGGACACCUGCCACCGCCAGAUGUGCCCUUGAAGGCAGUGACCGAGAUGCGACGCAUCCUGAAGCCCGGCGGUAUCCUAGCCACGCGUGACUCUGCUGAGCAGCACUUUUACCCACGCAGCUUGGAUCUCGAUACACUAUGGGUGGGAAACAUGCGCCGGGUGAUCUCGCACAAGGAUGUUCCUGACGUAGAUCCCACGGCCACGCGGAUGCCGGCCCUGUUCCGGAGCGCUGGGUUUGAUGCUAACGCUGGUAAAGUGCGUGUUGGAGGUGGAGCUACGGUUUUCUCGACCCCAGAGUCUCGGAAAUGGCUCUAUGCUCGCGCCGUUGGCCAGCUAGAAGAAGGCGAUCCCUUUCGCCAGAGCUGGCUGGAUGCCGGUAUCACUGAGGAGGUGAUCCAGCAGACGCUGCUCGCUGCGGCGAAGUGGGCUGAGACGGAAGAUGCAUGGUAUGUAGCGCUGCAGUGCGAUAUGCUUGCAUGGAAGUAG